CGUGGGCGUAUUAAAAUCCUUCUUUCAAGGAGAAAAGAUAAGGAACCCUCUCUCUCUCUCCUCUCUCACGCUCACUCACUCUCUCUCUCUCUAAAAGAAUCGAAAACCUCGCGCUUCAAAAUUUAGGGUUUUGCGAAACUUCGCACUCAAAUUCUACUCAACCAGCUCUGAAUCUCUGCUCACGGAUCGUGUGUUUCACUUCGCGAUCGAUUUCUCUUUCAGUUGAUAUCAUUUCCGUUACUCGCCGUGAAGAAUCGGAAACAAAUCGAUGCCCGAUCGUUGAUUACGAUCUUCAACUGUUGAAACGGUGCGUUUUUCACUCUAUUUGCUCUUUUCCGAUCUGGUUUGGCUGUGUGUGGUUCGGUUUGUGUUGAUUCGUGUCAGCCUUAGCUGGGCUCGAGCUGGAUUGUCGCAGAUAUUUAGUUGCAUGUUGUGGCAUUAACAUGGGGAGCAAUGCUGUGGUUGAGGAGAAUCGUCAGAGUGGCAACUGUAAUAUUGUCACACAGUCUGUGGGAUCGUCCAUUAAGAUAGACUCUAUAUCUAUAGAUCUGGUCAGCUCUAAUGAUAAGGGUAAUGCAGCAAAGUGUGAGCAUUUUUCCAUACGUGGCUAUGUAUCUGAAAUUCGCCAAAAAGAUUGGAGGAAGUGCUGGCCAUUUUCUUCAGACGAUAACCCUAAUAAGUCUGUCGAGCAAACAUGCAUGCUUCCUCCUUUAGAAGUUUCAAAAUUUAAAUGGUGGCAUUGCCAGCACUGUCUGCUGGAGUUUGGUGCUAAAGAUGCUGCAGAUAAUUAUGGAACUCGCAAUGAUCAUGGUACCUCUAGAUUGAAAUCUAAUACUGUUUGCUCCCAUGGAAUGUCUCUUGGUGAUGUCUCAAUGCUGCCAUCAGAGUUUCAGGAAGCUCUGAAGGUAGACAUUUUUGAGGGAAAAAAAUUUGAUGUUAAUUCUCCUAAGUUGAGUACAGACUGCCAACUUUCAUCAUGUAGGGAUAAGAAAGAAAAUGAAACUGAAGUUGUAAAAUGUCCCAACAUAGGGCAUGAGAUUGACUUAGAAGUUGAAGUGAGCCGGGAGAUUCCUCCAUCAAGUUAUAUUGCAACAGAAGAUGUUUCCAACUUGAUGCAGGAAAGACAUAAUCCUGACGUGACAGUGGCUUUCCCUGCACAAUGUAAUGGCUCAGGAGAUUUUUGUGAGCCUGGAUGUGGACAGGUUGAGCAUGCUGAUAGAAAUCUCAAUUGCAUUGCCAGCAUUAAUAUUGCUGAAACUUCUACCAAAGGACAAGAAACUUCUGCAGAUAACCAACUUACUGAGUUAAUGACUGCUUGUGGAAUAGCUGAGGAGUUUGACGAGACACUUAAUGCAAACAAGCGACAUGCAACCAGACAUCCUUCUGUCGAAUCAGAAGACUGUGAUUGCACGUCAUAUGAAAGUGCUGAAAUCCCGGUUGGAAAUGACCUUCGGGAUAGUCAUCAUGACAAGGCAAUCAACUUGCAUCGUAGAAAAACUAGGAAGGUCCGUUUGCUGACAGAAUUGUUGUGUGAAAAGGGAGAUGCAGACGGCAAUCAUUUCGGAAAAGAAGAGUCUUCAUCAAAUUCCAUUUUUGAUGCGUCUGCUGAUGCAGAUACACUUUCUGCUCCCCAAGGGAUGGUAGCUAUCCAAGGCAAUGUUCCGAGUAUGGGUCCAAAUAGGAAAAGAAAGUUGUCCCGUGAUGAAGAAUGGAGAUCCAUGGGUACAAGCGUUCCAGAUAACAUAGAUAAAAGAGUUGGGGUCUUAAAAGGGGACGUGGAGACAACAAAUGCAAUUGCUGGCCCUGUAUUAGAAAAAGAUUUAUCUGCCGGAAUGGGUUUACAAACUGGUAUGAAGAGUGAUCUUUCCAAAAAUAGAAAAGGUAAAAGUCCUAUUAUAGGUAAGAGGAAAAAUGAAAGGAUCCAUAUUCUUGAUGAAUGCCAGCCCUUAGGACCAUCCCAAAUGGAAGUACCAAGAAAAAAUCAAGAUGAGACUGUUGUUGGUUACGAGGGUGAUGCUGAUGAUGAUAUUUCCUUCAAAUUAGUGCAUGGUGCAUUUGGAGGCAGGGAGAUGGAUCUCUUUCCAUUGCCUGAUCAAAGAGCAAAGAGGAAGUCUACUUCAUGUAAAAAAAACAGUAAGGUGCAUCAAUCUGACGAUCGGAAGGCUUCUUUAAUGCCUUGGACCACUUGGAUGGCCAAAGAAGGUUCAAGUACGAGAAAGGAUGUGCAAAGCAUGCCAACUGUGAUAUCAUGUGUUCCAUUUCAAUCAGCACAACUUGCUGCCACUGACAGAGGAUUGGAUCUUUCUCUCAGUAGCUGCUUGGCUGUAGAAAGAAGUAACGGAAGUUUUGCUCCUCAAGCUGAAGGUGGAAAAACUUCCUUUCUGCCUUGGCAAAAGGCCAUUUCUGAAGAUCAGGCUUUGAUGUCUAAACGUGCAUCAGGUGGACGAAGCAAAGGACCUCAUUUGGGUUUCAGUAGCAAAAGAACUUCCUAUGGAGCACCUUUCUUUGACGAGAAGCAUAGCCACCCCUCUCUAGUUGAAAGCAGUGACCUAUCUCUGUUGCAGAAGAAGGAUUUUUGUAAUACAAGCAACGGUAAGAAAAAUAUCAAAGUUCAUGAACAUCCGCUCUUUACAAAAAAAGAUAUGGAUCGAGCCGAUAACGAAUCAGAACAGGUUGCUAUGGAUGACGUACCCAUGGAAAUAGUUGAACUCAUGGCAAAGAAUCAGUAUGAAAGGUGUCUCCCUGAUGCUGACAAUGAUAAAAUCCCUUUAGACAUGACCAACUUAACAAGAAACUUGCAGACAAGGAAUUUCAAUAAACCUUGUAGCAAUGGUGCAUUUAGCUCAUUCCAGGAGGAAGCUGGUCCCAAACAAAAGCCUUAUGCUAAAAAUGGUAGAAAUGGCGUGAUUACGAGAUGUGAAAUUUUGGGAUCUGCAAAACAGAAGUCAGCCGUGAGCCUUUGUAAGGAGGAUACAAACCAUUUCUCUAGGAGCCAAAUAGGUCAAACUCAAAGACCGGUAGGGUUUCAGGCAUUUCUUCAGCAUCCGGAGGAGCAAUCAGGUGGAUUUCGAUAUUCAGCAGGCAGCUCUAGCGGGCAAAAUGGUUCUGAAAAUUGCAAAUGGAUUGGGGACAUGGUUGGGAAGAGGCCCCCUAAUGCUAGUUGUUGGCAGACCUUUGGACCAUGUAACACAAGCCCAGGUGUUCCACGGCAGAACAAAGAAGGAGCUAAUAUUUGGCCUUAUAUUUUACCAAACAACAGCCCCUUCAUAUAUAACGUUCCUCAAAAGCAUGCUGUUACCAGUGCCGAUAGAGAUUUGCUUUCGCGUUGUCCUGGCACUCUACUUAAUGGGAAUCCUAAUGGAGAGCAUGAUAUGAGCUCUUUUAAUCAGAAUGCUGCCAGAGUUGGACAGCAUAAGGAGAAUUGUGGUUCCAAAUCUAUUGGCAGGACGCAUGCAGAAAAUCUAUUUUCUCACAGACAUGACAGGAUGAAACUUCAACAUAAGAAGAUGGGGUCAUUAGAUAUGUAUACUAAUGAAACCAUACCAGCAAUGCACUUACUCAGCCUCAUGGAUGCAGGCUUGCAGUCGAGUAAACCAAUUAGCAUGGAUGUAAACCCAAAGUUCCUUAAGAAACCUCUGAUGGCUCAUGACAGCCAACCUGAUUUUCCUGGGCUGGAGUCUGUUGUGAGAUCCCCAUCAUAUGAUUAUUAUAGUAAAAAUAAAUUCCCAGAGAAUUCUCAUGAACCUUUUCCUACCUUUCCAAUGGUUGGUGCAUCUGCUUCUUUGUUUCAACAUGAUAGAAGUUCCAAGAAGGCCACUAAUUUUCCAGACGAAGGCUCAUGGAAGUCUCAAGAGAAUAAGAAGAGAAAAACCUCUAAUUCGUCUGCACAUAAUAAGGGCUGUGGACCACAAAAUUCUUUGUCCACUGGAGGUGGUUUUGGCACUGGUUCUGGAUCUGUUCCUGCUCGUUGUAAGCAGAAAAUGUUCCUUGGCGCUUCAGAUCAUAUUGUUUUUCCCACCCGAUUUCAUGGAAUGCAAGGUUCAACAAAUAGCAUUUUAGAGGCCCCUAGUGCCACUGGUACUCUUCGACCUUUGAAAAGGAGUUCAGAGACUGAAAUCUGCAGUAUUAACAGAAACCCUGCUGAUUUUAGCCUGCCAGAAGCAGGAAAUCUUUAUACAAUUGGAGGGGAAGACCUAAAAUUCAGAGCUGCAGUAACUCAUCCAAAUAGGACCGGGUUGGAGAAAUUGAAUGGCAGAAAGCGACAGCCAAAGAUUCCUGGCAUGAAACAGGCUGUGCAGCGUCGAGCUUGAUUAGCCUUCCAAUUUCAAUGCUGCGGGUUGUGCCAACUACUGCGAAGGAGAAUAUGUUCAGAAUACAACCCGAACCACGUACUUCAAGUUGUGCCGGUUCCAUUCCCAAAACCAUGCUAGGAAGACAACUUGCUUGUAAGGUCAGGCUUGUAUACAGUUUCAUACGCCUGGACCUUUCACUAGUAACUUUUUUUUUCGUGUGUACCAUCAAAUAUGCAUAAUGUUGUUGUCAUACCAUGCAUAAGAAUAGCCUCAGUAUUGCUGCUCAGUCGAAAUGACUAAUGUCACUUCCAUGAUUUGUCCUAGCCGCCAUCCCCGACAGGUAAGUGGAAAUACAGAACAAGGUAUCAGUCAGCAUAAUACUUGAAUUCAGUUAUUUGGAGAACUUUCCAACGAUGAAUAAUAUUCACAGUUAUUCCUGGAUACCUCAAGUUGUAAUUUAUGUAGCCUUGUGAGCCAAGGGCAGAGAGACAGUGUUACCGAAGUUUGUGUUAGCUGAAAUAAGUAUACUUUGGUAUUACUAUGGCACAAACAUGUGUAAAAUAUUAAUUUUUAGUGUGUGGUUAUAUUUUUGUUAAGUGAAUAAUUAUGUUUGAAAGAAACUUUUCGAAUGAGUA